AUGUCAGAGUUGCAUCAGGCGGCUGCGGCAGGGGAUUUCGAUCAGGUCCAGGAGAUUCUCAGGCGCAAGAAAUGUGACCCCAAUCAGCGAGACGUGGACUGGGGUUACAAGACUCCUCUGCACUGGGCUGCAUCCAAAGGAGAUACAGAAAUGGUGAGGAUUCUCAUCGAGCACGGAGCCCAGCCCUGUUUGAGGACGGAGAUGGGCCGGACCGCGGCCCACUAUGCCGCCGAGGCCGGUUCCUUGGCGGUCCUGAGGCUGCUGCACUCCUUCCACGCCCCCCUGGACAAGGAGGAUGAUGGCAGCGACAAACCGGCGCGACUCGCCCAAAUCUACGGACAUCAUGAGUGUGUGGCAUUCCUCAAGAAGGCAGAGGUGGAAGGGCAGGCGUACCGCAAAAUGGUGGCGGAGAAAGGACUCUCUGUGGAUGACUUUGACGAAGAGUGGGAAGAACAAGGCAAAGACCAGCAUGAACGAAAAAUAGGAUCUGUGAGUUAAAAUAGACUUUCCCCAGACUUAUAAAGCCACACUUUCAGUGUGCCUCCAAAAUGUAUAAUCAAGGCCUGUUUUAUAGCCCUUUAAGGUUAUUCAUGCACGC